AUGGAUGACAAUGAACUCUCUCUGCAGAUUACAAAGGCUGAUGGUUCAGAGAAGUCUCAGGAUUGUCAACAACAAGAGAAUAUUGAACUACCUGCAGAUGUCCAAAAAUCUGUAAUGAAAUAUGGAAGGGUUGAUGAAGAUGAUCAGCAAUUGGGAACUGAAUAUAAUACUAGUAAGGAUGUAGAGGAAGUCCAUCAGCAAAGGAAUGAUAACAGGAUUCAGGAUGGAAAUAAGGCCUCUGAUAUGAUACAGCAGAUGUCUGAAUGUAAUCAAGCAGGUGAGAUGUUUUUGAAUGAUAGUUGUGUUGAGAGGAUGAAAGAUAUGACUGGUUCCAUGGAUCAUGAGAGGUCUACUCAGGCAAUAAUGUUGAAGGAUAUUCAUGAUGAAGAGGUACAUAGCUCUAACAGCAACUUGCAGUUGGUUAGCUAUUAUCCUGACAAAGUUGCAGAUGCAGAACACCAGAAUUUAGCUUUGGCUAUAAUUCCUGACAUUAGAGCUAUGCAGCCUCUGAAUGUUGAUGUAAGGAUAUCACCAAACAAAGCUUUACAUGAGGUAGUCUCUCACAAGCUACAGGAGGUACCUGAUAAGUUGAAUUUGAUCAAUAAUCAAAAGGAAGAUGAUGAUGGUACUGCUAUUGAUCUGAAACAACAGCAGAUGUGUGUAGAGGCAGAUGUAUCUCCAAAAUCACAAAGCAAAGGGUUCAGAAAAGGAAGAAAGCAAAACACUGAGGUUCCACAAAUUGUGAGAUCAGUGAAGUCACAACAAGCAUUUCAUAGAGUUCAAAUGUUAAAUAAGCAUCAUAGGUUCUUUUUGAUAGCUUUGAUGGAACCUUUUCAGCAUCAGAGACAAAUUCAGCAAUAUAGAAGGAAACUUGGAAUGCCUUAUGCUAAUUCCAACUGUAAUGGAAAAAUCUGGUUCUUUGUGCAACACAAUGUUGAUGUUGAGGUUUUAUUAGAUACUGAGCAAUCUAUUACUGUCAAGUUGAAUUUUCAAGAUUUCAAUAAAGAUAUGGUGGUUACAAUGGUGUAUGCUAAAUGCUCAGAAGUUGAGAGACUGCAGUUGUGGGACAGUUUAUAUCUCUUGACUAGCAAUAUGGCAUCUCCUUGGAUGGUGGGUGGUGAUUUUAAUGUUAUAAUGAAUGAAGAAGAAAAAAUAGGAGGUUUACCAGUUUUGCCACAUGAAUAUGAGGAUUUUGCCUUUUGUUUGAAUUCAUGUGAGUUGUAUGAGAUGCCUUUCAAAGGGAGUCCUUUCACCUGGUGGAAUGGAAGGACUGCUAAUGACUGCAUUUUUAAAAGAUUGGACAGGAUGGUACACAAUGAUAUGUUUCAGAAUUGGUUUGGACAUUUAGAGGUGGAGCAUUUGUCAAGGACUGGUUCUGAUCAUGCACCACUACUGGUAUCAUGUGGAGAUCAAGUGCAAAAAUUUGUAAAACCAUUCAGGUUUCUCAAAUUCUGGGUGGAACAUGAUACUUUUCUUGAUUUGGUUAAGCAACAAUGGGAAACAACUUUAUCAGAUGAUGUAUUUCUGUCAUUUAAACUCAAGAUGAAGAAACUGAAAACAGCUUUAAGUACAUGGAGUAAGGCUACUUUUGGUGACAUUUUUAAACAACUUGUUAUUAGAGAAGAAAUAGUGAAGAUUAAGGAGCAGUUAUUUGAGGUAGAUCCAUCUGAAGAAAAUAGAAUGGUCAUGCAGAGGGCACAAGCAGAACUCAAGCUGUAUCUUCAUUAUGAGGAGGAAUUCUGGAGACAAAAGGCCAGGAUAGAUUGUUUUUCUGAAGGUGAUAAGAACACUAGAUAUUUCCAUAUCCUGGUAAAAGGUAGAAGAAAAAGAAUUCACAUUAGGAGGAUUAAAGAUGAUGCUGGUAACUGGCUUGAGGAUGUUGAUAGUGUUGCUGCUCAAGCUGUCAACGUUUUCCAGAAGCAAUUUACUCAUGAAGAGGUGAGAGAAGAUUCUCCAAUAUUUAAUCAUAUUCCAGAACUGAUAAGGGAGGAGGAUAAUUUAAUACUUGCUGAACAACCUACUAUGGAGGAAGUACAGAUGGCUGUAUUUGAGUUACAUGGGGAUAGUGCUUGUGGUCCUGAUGGAUUUUCUGGUAUAUUCUAUCAGAAGUGUUGGGAGGUGAUAAAGUUUGAUGUAUACAAGAUUGUUAAAGAUUUUUUUGAAAGACAUACUCUCCCCAAGUCAGUCACUCACACAAAUCUGGUUUUGCUGCCAAAGAAGACUGUGGUUGAGGCAUUUGCUGAUAUGAGACCUAUAAGCCUUAGCAACUUUAUCAAUAAGGUCAUUUCAAGAGUAGUUCAUGAUAGACUUGAUAAGCUACUUUCCAGGGUAAUCUCUCCAAAUCAAUCUGGUUUUGUUAAAGGAAGGAAUAUAAUUGAGAAUGUGUUAUUGACACAAGAAAUUGCAAAUACUUGGUAUGUUGUCCUCCUAAAUGGCCAGGCGCAUGGGUUUUUUCAUUCUACAAGGGGUGUCAAACAAGGGGAUCCACUUUCUCCUGCCUUGUUCAUCAUUGCUGCAGAAGUCCUUUCAAGGGCACUAAACGCUUUGUUUGAUCAGCCUGGAUUUGUUGGAUAUGGGAUGCCAAAGUGGACACAUAAUCAGUCUUUACAAAUGAUCAUGGAUACUCUUAAGGAAUAUGAGAAAGUGUCUGGACAGCUGAUAAAUAAGGGGAAAAGUUCAUUUUAUAUGUUCAGCAAAGUAUCACAUGAGUUAAGCCAGCAGGUUGCAACAGCAACAGGAUUUGUGAGAGGUCAAUUUCCUUCUACAUAUCUUGGAGUACCAAUCACUCAUGCCAGGAAAAGGAAGGUGGAUUACACUGCAUUAUUGAAGAAUGUCAAAGACAGGUUACAAACAUGGAAAGGCAAGCUGCUGUCUUAUGGAGGAAAAGCAGUGUUGAUUACAAGUGUGCUUCAAAGUAUUCCCAUUCAUGUGUUAUCUGCUAUAAGGCCUCCUAAAUGUGUUCUAAAGGAAUUACACAGAAUCUUUGCUAAAUUCUUUUGGAAUAAUAAGGAAGAAGGUAGAUGCAGACACUGGCAGCUUGGCUUAACAUGUGCAUUCCCAAGAAUGAAGGAGGUGGUACAAUGGAAGGGAGGAUCCCAAGUCUGGAAGAUGAUGUUGGAAGAUAGGGAUAAUAUAGAACAGGAAAUCUGGUGGGAGCCUAAGAUUGAAAGUUCAAACAUUUGGUUUGAUAAUUGGACUAAACUAGGUGCUCUUAGUUAUGUGGUUCCACAGUCCUGGCAAAUCAAUGAGCAGGCUGAAGAUAUUUCUGAACUUAUGACAGAUGGAAGAUGGAAUAUCGGCAAACUCAUGCAGCUUUUUCCUGAAGAUAUUGUGCAGCAUAUAAUACAGGAAAUUGACAUUAAAUAUGCAUCAAAUUAA